AUGCCGCAUUCACUCUCUGGGCUAUCGUAUCCGAACAGGAUUGGGCUGGUCGAUUUGAGAAGAGAAUUCAUAUUUCCCGAGGGUGCCAAUAAACAGCGUGGGCGUUUCGAGCUUGCCUUCUCACAAAUAGGCACUUCUGUGAUGAUUGGAGGCGGAAUCGGCGUGGCAGGUGUCUAUACUGGUAUCAAAGUCACCAAGGCGCCCAAACAGACUGGAAAACUUCGACGAACGCAGUUAAUUAAUCACGUUAUGAAGCAAGGUUCGUGCACGGCGAACACGUUGGGUACACUUGCGGUACUUUAUUCGGCGUGUGGGGUGUUGUUACAGUUCAUCCGUGGGGAGGAUGACUAUAUAAACACAGUUAUUGCAGGAUCUGCCACAGGACUGCUAUACAAAUCAACAGCUGGCCUACGGAGGUGUACAUUUGGCGGCGCUAUUGUGUUAGGCAUAUCGUCGCUCUAUUGCUUAUACUGUGACUAG